AUGGAGGACAAGUACAGCGAGCAGUCCUUGGCCGGCGGCGGCGUACUGGGCCCGGUGGAUGUGCCCAGCGCCCGGUUGACUCGGUACAUCGUGCUGCUGUGCUUCACCAAGUUCUUGAAAGCCGUGGGGCUGUUUGAAUCCUAUGAUCUUCUGAAAACGGUCCACCUCGUGCAAUUUAUCUUUAUAGUGCAGCUGGGGUCUGCGAUUUUUAUGGUUUUGUUUCAAAAACCAUUUUCUUCUGGGAAGGUGGUAACCAAGCGUCAGUGGAUCAAAAUCUUUAAGCAUGCUGUUGUGGGAUGUAUCAUUUCACUCUUGUGGUUUUUUGGCCUUACUCUUUGUGGACCACUGAGGACAUUGUUGCUGUUUGAACACAGUGAUGUGGUUGUGCUAUCACUCCUUAGUGUCUUGUUCACAAGCUCAGGUGGAGGACCAGCAAAGACAAGAGGUGCUGCAUUUUUCAUAAUAGCUGUCAUCUGCUUACUACUUUUUGAUAAUGAUGACCUCAUGGCUAAAAUAGCAGAACAUCCUGAGGGACAUCACGACAGUGCUCUUACCCAUGUUCUGUAUACAAUCAUUGCUUUCCUGGGUGUUGCAGAUCACAAGGGAGGAGUACUGCUUCUGGUACUGGCAUUGUGCUGUAAGGUUGGGUUUCACAUGGCUUCCCGAAAACUGUCUGUAGAUGUAGGUGGAGCAAAACGCCUUCAAGCUUUGUCCCAUCUCGUUUCCGUUCUCCUGUUGUGCCCAUGGGUCAUUGUCCUCUCUCUAACAACAGAGAGCAAAGUAGAAUCUUGGUCUGCUCUCAUCAUUCCUUUUGUGACAGUCAUUUUUUUUGUCGUGAUCCUGGAUUUCUACGUGGAGUCCAUAUGCUCCGUCAAGAUGGAAACUUCCACGUGUGCUCGAUAUGGAUCCUUUCUUACUUUCAUCAGUGCACUGCUUUUUGGCAACUUUUGGACGCACCCAAUAACAGACCAGCUUCGAGCUAUGAACAAGCCACCACACCAUGAAAGCACAGAACAUGUUCUUUCUGGAGGGGUGGUUGUGAGUGCUGUCUUCUUCAUUUUAUCUGCCAAUAUCCUGUCCUCCCCCUCCAGGAAAGGGCAGAAGGGUACCCUUAUUGGCUAUUCCCCUGAAGGCACUCUCUAUAACUUCAUGGGUGAUGCAUUACAGCAGAGCUCUCAGUCAUUACCACGGUUUAUUAAGGAGUCGCUGAAACAGAUCCUUGAGGAAUAUGAUUCCAGGCAGAUCUUCUAUUUCUUGUGCCUAAAUCUAGCUUUCACUUUUGUGGAGCUUUUUUAUGGAGUAUGGACCAACAGCCUAGGUCUUAUCUCUGAUGGAUUUCACAUGCUUUUUGAUUGUUCUGCAUUAGUGAUGGGGCUUUUUGCAGCUCUAAUGACAAGAUGGAAAGCAACUCGUAUUUUUUCCUAUGGGUAUGGACGUGUGGAAAUUCUUUCUGGAUUUAUUAAUGGCCUCUUUCUGAUGGUAAUUGCUUUCUUUGUGUUCAUGGAAUCAGUAGCCAGACUGGUGGAUCCUCCAGACAUAGACACAAAUAUGCUAACUCCAGUCUCUGUUGGAGGGCUGAUCGUAAACCUUGUUGGUAUCUGUGCCUUUAGCCACGCACACUCCCAUGGGGCUUCUCGGGGAGGUUGUCACUCACACGAUCACAGCCAUUCUCACCACGGGCACAGCCACAGCCAUGGACACAGCCAUUCCCACAGUGACCAUGGGCACAGCCAUGGACAUUCCCACGGGUCUGCAGGAGGAAGCAUGAACACCAACAUGAGGGGUGUGUUUCUGCAUGUGUUGGCAGACACUCUUGGCAGUGUUGGUGUUAUAGUAUCUACAAUAUUUAUUCAGCAAUUUGGAUGGCUCAUAGCUGAUCCACUCUGCUCUCUUUUUAUUGCUACGUUGAUUUUUCUUAGUGUUAUCCCACUAUUGAAAGAUGCCUGUCAAGUGCUUUUGUUGAGGAUACCUCCAGAACAGGAGAAGGAUCUCCAUGCAGCUUUAGAAAAGAUUCAAAAAAUAGAGGGAGUCAUAUCCUACAGAGAUGCACAUUUUUGGUGUCACUCUGCAAGUGUUGUGGCAGGUACAAUACAUGUGCAAGUGGUAUCAGACAUGAUGGAACAGAGAAUUGUACAGCAGGUUACAGCAAUUCUGAAAGAUGCUGGCGUGAACAACCUAACUGUCCAAGUGGAGAAGGAAGCUUAUUUUCAACACAUGUCUGGUCUCAGUACUGGAUUUCAGGAUGUCCUUGCAAUGACUCAGCAACUAGAAUCCAUGAAAUACUACAAAGAUGGUACUUACAUCAUGUAAUACAAAGUUGUGUUUGCCAAAGGAGAUGUGAAUGAUGAAGCUGUUGGAUUCCAUAUUUGUAUUUUUGUCAGGACAUCUUGCACAUAUGUGGUACAUGCACCUGCCCUGACAGGCAAAACCCUGACCGAAACACAAAACCCUUACAGACACUUGACAAAAGCCAGGGCUUGCUAGAGGCCUAAUAAAGAUCAGCUCGGCUCCUUAUGGCCAAUACAACAAUACAGCAAGGUGUAGGCCCUUAGCCUGCUUUGUCAUGGGCUUGCCUCCAGAUAAUUAGAGUCACCACAGUUCAGACUCUUCUAGGGUAUAAAUGGAUCUCUGCCAGAGCUGGUUGCCUUGGAAUAAGUGGACCUUACAGUCCUGAACUCUGUUUAGACUGGGAUGACAUGUAAGAAUACUUAUGCAGAUUGAGUGAGUCCUAACCCUUACGUUGGUAAGCAUCUGUUUCUUCUGGAUAUAUUCUUAAGUGAAUGGUCUUUUUGGGUUCUCUUAAGUGGAAGGAUUUACCUUUAUGACUGAGAUCUUUUUUUGGUUCAUCUUUCUAAAAAGAAUAUUCCUUAAAGCUUAAGAAUCAUAUUCUUGAGUGACAUUUGAACUUGUAAUUUGAUUUUGGUGGAAGGAGUGCCAAGGAAUUUUGGUAUACAAUAAAUUCACAGUUUGGGUAGCUACUGCUGGGGAUAUCUCUGUGACAACAUGUGUACAGAAAAAAAUGUACUAUAUAUUUGAAUUUUUUUAA